GAGUUGUGGUUGAAUCUCUUAUCAACUUUCAAGCAAGUUGCAACUGUUGCAAGUUUCAAUUUCAAAUUUCAGACAUUCAAGUUUACUUUUUUGAGGUUGAGGUGCUGUUCGAUUAUUUGGAUUGUGAUUGUAUUGUUGUGUUAAUAAAACAAUUUCAUUUUGGAAACAUUUUCCUAUUCAUAUCAUUGUUUUGUAUUGUGGUCAAUUUCAUAAAACAACAUUCUGAAAUUUAUAUUCAUUGUUAUUGUACAAUAUCGGCAACUAAACUGAAGAAUAAAGCACUUUCCUAAUGUUUAGUAACCUAAACAAACCUGCCUUUGGGGCCACAGCUCGUAGUACAUCAUUUGGAUUUGGAGCGGCACCUGCAGCAAAUGCAAAUCCUUUUGGACAAAACCAGCUUUUUGGAAAACCUACAACAGGUGGCUUUGGGAGCCCAUCAACUUCCACAUUUGGACAGCCAGCUACUAAUUCUUUGUUUCCAUCUACACAAGCUCAACCUACUAACUUGUUUCAAAAUGCCAACACAACAUUUGGGGCCCAACCAGCUACCCAGGCAGGAUUUGGCACCACAAACCUAUUUGCCGCCCAGCAACCGUCCGCGGGCGGCAUGUUCAACACGACCGCCUCGUCGUUCGGCCAGCCGGCCAAACCGGCCGGGUUCGGCUUCGGAGCUCAGCAGCCGACGCUGUUCGGGCAGCAGGCGCAGCAGCAGGCGCAACCACAGCAGGCGGCGAGCAUGUUCCAGCCGGGCGCGGCGGGCAGCCUUUUCGGCGGCGGGGGCUUUGGGGGGCAGCAGCAACAGCAGCAGGCCGGCACCGUCGUCAAGUUCAAUCCGGUGACGGGCACGGAUACGAUGAUGAAGUCCGGGCUCACGCAGAGCAUCAAUACGAAGCAUCAUAGUAUCACUUGCAUGAAGGAGUACGAGAACAAGUCGUUCGAGGAGUUGAGGUUCGAGGAUUACGCGGCCAAUAGGAAAGGCCCGCAGCAGCAAACGGCGGGCUUCGGCGCGGCACCAUUCGGGGCUCCCGCCUCGUCUGCCCCCUCUCUGUUCGGCCAACCGGACGCGUCGAAGGCCGGUUUCGGCCAGCAGACGACGGGUUUCGGCCAGGCCGGGUCCGCCUUCGGUCAGACGAACACGGGCUUUGGGAUGAACGCGCAGCAGCAGCAGCAACAGGCUGGCGGCGGGCUGUUCGGCAAACCGACUGGUUUAGGCGCGCCUAUAAGCUCUACAACGAAUUUCGGUUUCGGCACCAACACCCAAUCGGCGAAUCCCUUCGGAAGCAAUCAAGCUAAACCCUUCGGUAGCGCCACACCCCUUUUCGGAACAAACACCACCGCCACCACCCAGCAGUCCGCUUUCGGUACGACGAACAUGUUUGGGAAGCCACAGGACGGCACCGCGCAGACGUUCGGCACCACCGGCUUCCGGCCGGCCGCCACCGGCUCGAGCUUCGCGUUCGCCGCCCCCGCCGCCGCGCAGCCGCAGCAGACGACGAGCCUGUUCGGCCAGCAGGCCAAGCCGGCGUUCGGCCAGCAGCAGACGACGACGCCGUUCGCGCAGUCUCCGUUCGCGACGAACAACGCCUUUGGAAAGCCGGCGCAGGCGGCGGUGGGGUUCGGGACCGCGCAGCCGUCCGUCUUCGGCAAUUCUUUGGGUAAUUCUUUGAUGGGCAACACUGCAAAUAAACCCGGUUUAUUUUCUAACACCGGUAGUACUGGCUUGUUCGGUAAUACCAACACAGGUUUUCAGCAAAAUCAAGGCCUUUCGAUGCAACCGCAACAACAGCAACAGUCGUUCUUCCCGUCCGCUGAUCAAAAUUCAACGAACUGGGCGUCGUUCACCACCGAUCCGUUCGGAAACGCUCCCCAUUUGGCGGGUUUGGAGCCGAAAGUGAAAACUAGCCCUCCGUCGGUGUCGGCCACCGAUCCCAAAGAGCUGAAGUCCUUGUUGGACGCCACGAAGAAAGUGGACACAUCCAGGGGCUCCAAGCUGAAAGUCGUCCCGAUCAAGAGUGUGAAGGAUAAUUUGUUCGAUGGCCUCUCUCCGAAAGCGAACGACGAAGACACUCCCACCGACUACAUCAAGCCGAAUUGUCGUCGACUGAUUUUGAAAAAUCGUCCGCCUGGGGAAGGCAAUUCGCCUGGGAUCAUGAGGACGGACAUCUUGAAGCUCAUUCAAUCUCCUGGCGGCGAAAAUAAGAACAGCAAAGAUGAGGAAAAAGGCGAAUUCAAUAGUUCACAGAGUAAAAUAAGAACGGCGCCGUUGGUAUUGAGUUUCGAUCAUUCCGCUAAGGAUCGAUUGAACAACAGUGAUAUGGAAAGGAACAAGUCACCGUCUGUACCGAUGACGACGUACGCCGACGACGAUUCUGCCUCGGAGACGGCAGCGGAACCGCAAACGCACACCGUCAGUUGGACCGGAACAGAAUACUACACCUUGCCGAGCAUGGAAGAACUGGCGAAGUACGUCGACGAGAGUGGUUCCUGUCUCGUCAAAGGUUUCACAAUUGGCAGGAAAGGCUAUGGCAACGUUUAUUUCCCAGACGAGAUCGACAUCAGCGGUUUGAAACUUGAGGAAAUCGUGUACUUUAGGUAUCGAGAAAUAAACGUCUAUCCAGAUGACACUAAGAAACCUCCAGUUGGCCAGGGAUUGAACCGGAGGGCGCAAGUCACCCUCGACAACGUGUACCCUCGCCGGCCCGGCACCAACACGCUCAUCAAGGACACCGACGAGCUGCUGCAGAUGAACUUCGCGGAGAAGCUGCGCAAGGUCACCGAGAACAAGAACGCCAAGUUCGUUGAUUACCGGCCGGAGACCGGCUCGUGGGUGUUCAAAGUGGAACACUUUUCGCGGUAUGGCUUCGACGACAGCGACGAAGAGGAGCAAUCGUCGCAGGCAGAUGGCGCCCCAGAAGGAGCCAAGAAGAAGAUUGCGCCCGCUGUGAAACCAGGUGUAGGCUUGCAAGGACAGAAGUCUUCAGAAGAACUGCCUCAGUCUGCCGUGCCGAAAAACGGACUUGCAGAUAAGGACGGACAGAUGGCGAAACUCGUAUUGGACGAUGAAAUCGAAGUGGACGAGAGCGACCACUUCCAAGGCGACGACGAUCUCCUUCAGCAGUCCAUGUACGUCGACGAUAUGUCCGAAGAGGACUAUCACACCAUACCGACGGACGUGCCUAUGCAUUUGGGAUACGACCUCUUCGAGACCAACAAGAACAUUCAAGUCAUGAAGUCCACUCUGUUCGACGACGGCAUGUCAGAUGGCGGAAGCAGUCACGUGUCCAUAAUUAGACAGUAUCUCGACAUCCCCGAGGAUAUUCCCCGGCUGCCUGUCGUCAGCGAGGAAUCGACUCCCAGAAGAAGGAGGAGGGGCAUUCUGAGGCCCAAAGUUGAGAAGGUGUACAACUUUGCAGCUUCCGAGGUCAGUGUUGGGCUGAUCCAAAAUAGGAGCUAUAUGGAUAUGGGCAUCUUCAAUGGGAAAUCUUUCAAGGCCGGAUGGACGAAAGGUUUCAACUUCUUCAGUUUGAACUGUAAACAAGGCGAAGUCGAUGGCCAGCUCGCUUUGAAUACAAUCGAAUGUGGUUCGCCUAAAAACUUCGACCCGCUUAUAGACAGUUUGAAUGAAUCGCUGGAAAUUGUCCUGGAAGAAAGCAGUUUCACUCUGGAUGACAAUCAAAUCCCGACUUUUAGGAUACUCAAGAGUAACUCCUACCUGGAGAAACAAACUAGGUUAUUCUCAAACUGUCUGUCAAAGAAUAACAACAAGGAGACUCGGUAUUUACAUAGCAUUUGGACCCUGGCAGAUGCUCUCUGGGGAUCCCAUGAAGAAACAUUCUCUAAUCGAAGACAUCUUCUGAGUGAAUGGUUAAGAGCCAACACAAACUUCAACGACUCAUCCACCAGCGAUCCCAAAAACGACAUAUUCGACCAUCUCACCGUGUUCAGAAUCAGAGAAGCCGCCGACCUGGCCUUGGAAAAGAGGUGUCCCAACCUCUCUCUCAUCGUGUCCCAGCUGAGCGUCACCAACAGGACAAAGAUCUUUCUGCAGGAGCAAAUCGAAGGAUGGUACAAGUCCAUGGCGGCCAAUCACAUCGGCGAGGACAUGAAGAAGGUCUAUCUGUUGCUGUCCGGUAUUCCUGUCAAGGAAGAGAUCAACGUGUUCGGCGAUGUAGAUUGGAAGCGGGCUUUCGGUAUGCAUUUGUGGUACAUUUCGCCGGCCGGAGCCCCUCUGGACGUGGCCAUUGACCUGUACGGGAAAGCGUUCGAGGAGCAGGGCUACGCGCAGCCGCCGCACCCGCCCUACGCCACUGGUGACGUCGAGGACGGGCCGCCGUUCGACGUGCUGUACCACGUGCUGAUGCUGUACAAGACGAGGAUACACCGGUUGAGCAGCGUGCUGAAUCCGGCGACGCACACCGACGACCAUCUCGACUAUAGAUUGAGUUGGCUGCUGCUCCAACUCUUCCUAUCCCUCGAAGUCGGCAUCAUAGAAGACUCCGAGAAGACCAAACUGUGCACCAGCUUCUCCAACCAGCUGGAGUCGCUCGGCGAGUGGGAGUACGCCGUGUUCGUGCUGCUCUACCUGCAAGACAACCGCCUGAAGAGGCAGCUGGUCUUAGGUGUUUUGGACCGCAAUCUGUCGCCCGAGAUCGACAGAGCCGCCUUGGAGUCGGAGAGCCGCUUGGUGAACGGGAUGCACGUGCCGGCCGAGUGGAUACACCGAGUCAAGGGCAACAAGACUCUCUUAUCGCAAAGGUACUUCGAAGCGUUCAACCAUUUCGCCCAUUGCGCGGACCACGGCAAAGCGAACGACAUCCUCGUCCGGCACCUGUUGCCAGGCCUGUUCAUCAACGAGCAGUACGACGUCGUCAAGGCGCUGAUCGAGGCGAUCGGCGAUGGCACUCAGGAUAUAUCUAGGUGGAGCUACGAGGCAGGGUUGUACUCCGACUUUUUGGAGUUGCAAGAGAGGUUCAUCUCAUUCAAAGACGAAGACGUGCUGAGGAUCCAGAUGGCGCUGCAAUCGAUCAGCGACAGGAUGGCCUUCUUCCCCGUCGACACCGACCAGCAGAAGGUGUGCGUGGCGGAGAUGUCGAAGAGGUGCGCCACCGUCUACAGGGAGGUAUGCGAAAAGUGCCGGACCGGCGCCUUCAGGAAGUCCUACUCUGAUUUCGUCGAGAAGCUCGUCAUGCCGCCCGAUUUCAAGCAGAUCGAGGCGCUGAACUUGGUCAACAGGCCGCAGUGUUUCGGGUGUUGAACGAUUUUCGAGUGACUAUUGUUUGUACAAAGAAUAAGUUUUAAAUUGAUUUGUUACGUACAGGAUCGAUCCUGUGUGUUGAUUCAUUCAAUAUUUUUGCGCCGAUCGUAUAUUCUUUUUGAAGUUCCACUGUCGUCAGUUGUAGGACCCAUCGACAUUGUUGCCAAGUUUCUUCAGAACGGCUCAGGAGUUUUAGAAGGCUGUUGGUAAAAAUGCUAAUAGCCUGAUCGGUUGUUUUCACAUCGUGAUACAUGUUUAAAAGACAAUUUCAAGGUGAAUAAGAUGGAAUUGAGGAAUAUACAGAAUAACGCAUGAAGAAAGAAGUUGCUGCUGGGAAACGAUGAGCAACUGACAAAAUUCAUCACAAGUAUCAGGAAUAGAUUCUGUUUGCGGUGAAAGUCUCUUAAAUAACUGAUAUGGUGACAUGCAAAAGAAUGGAAGACGUGAGUCACAUAUACAGGGAGACAGCAGAAAGUUUGCGUAGCGGAGAUGUCGAAAAGGUGCGCCACCGUCUACAGGGAGGUGUGCGAAAAGUUCCAGGCUGACGUGUUCAAGAAGUCGAUCGAGGCGCUGAACUUGGUCAACAGGCCGGAGUGUUUCGGGUGUUGAACGAUUUUCGAGUGACUAUUGUUUGUAC